UAUAUUUAGCCUAAAGUAAUUAAUUUUGAUUUUCACCAACGGUUUCCCCUUGGUUUUUCUUGUUCACUGUUAUCUAUCAUUUAGCCGCUCGGGAUUUUCAGUAUCAGCUCUCCUUGAAUCACCAUACGAACGAAUCGAGUUCCGUGUUCCGGCGAGGCGACGGCGCGUGAUCAUAAUUCCAGGAAGCUUUCGUGGCUUCAGGUUCCAUCCUUUGUAAGUGUCGCCGUUUGUGAUCUUAUUCCAUGGCCGGGAAAGAGGAACAAUUGCCCAACAGGGACGAGCUCGCCGUCUCGCUCAACGAAUUCUUCACCAGCGUAUCCCAAAUGAUCAAAUCGGACCUUCUUGGAUCAAGUAAUCAGCUGGCACUUUUGGAGAAAAUGAAUCUCAGGGUGGCAGAAGAGUAUAAAGGUUUUGGGGACGUGGCUUCUGGAAUGAGGGUUUUCGUGGAGCAACUGAAGUCGAAGAGUGGUGGCUUUGAUGCUUAUAUUAGCCAGAUUGAGAAUAUAGAACAUCAGGGAGAGUCGAGGCCCGACUGCGCAUUCACGAUGGAGCAAAUCUCAAAGGAUAAAGAUAUUGUAAUUCUCAAUCAUGUUGGGACAGCCGAUACCACCAUAUUUUCAUGAUGCACGCUGUUUAUCCGAUAGAGCUCAAGUAUGGAUCACACAAUGACUACAUUUUUCGAGGCUCACCACUUCUUUAUUCGGCACCUAAAGAUUCUUCCAACUUGACUAAGUUAGGGGCAUGACUCUAAUACAACUUAGAGACAACAAAAUCUUCCAUGUUUCUACAAUUGUAUGAUAUUGUCCACUUUAUGUAUAAUCUCUCAUGACUUUGUUUUUGGUUUCAUCGAAAAUGUCUCGUACCAAUGAAGAUGUUGUUCCUCACUCAUAUAGGCCUAUGAUCUUCUCCUUGUCUGGCCAACGUGGACUUUGAUCGCCCCCCAACAAAUCAUUGUUUCAAUUUUUUAGAAUAGAGGAGGUGGAUUACAAGUUCUAAUUGCUUUCAUCUUUUAAAUUGAACAGUAUGGGUUAUCAGGAUUUUCAUUUGCAAGUUGCUCUUAGUUAUUUGCGGUGAUUCCUUCAUUUUUUGGCCAAUUUUUAGUCCGAUUGAACCCAGUAAAUCAGUCCUUCGUAGACAAACAGAUUAAGCAUUUGGAUUCAAUCAUCCAUCCUCCAAAUUGCCAGUUUCCAGUUGAUGGUUCUUAAAUAGAAGUUGUAAUCCAAAAUCUGACUAUAAUGCAGAAAUAUGUUUUUUUACUGUGUUGGCUCUUUAGAUGGUUAGAUCCUCACCCCACGUGUU